AUGACUAAUUUAAUGAGAGCAGGUGGUUUUGAACUCCAAAAAUGGUGCAGCAACAGCGAAGACUUACUGGAACACAUCUGUAAAGAGAAUCAAAGAGACAAUCAGUUAAUACAAUUUAAAUCUAAUGAUAGCAUAAAAGUAUUAGGUCUUACCUGGAACAAAACAAACGAUAAUUUUCAGUAUCAUUUUCAACUACCUAAAAGUAAUGAGAAUGGAGAAGACGUAACUAAAAGAAAAGUACUGUCUGAGAUAGCACGUCUUUAUGAUCCUAUGGGCUGGAUAGCAUCAAUAGUCGUUAGAGCGAAGAUUUUUAUACAAAAACUGUGGAUAGCAAAAUUAUCAUGGGAUGAGAGACUCACCCCACAAUUAUUACACGAGUGGCAACAAUUCAAAGAGGACCUACCAAAAUUAGAGAAGAUCGUCAUUCCGAGGUGGUUUCACGUCAGUAUCGGAGAUAAUGUAGAACUACAUAUAUUCGCUGAUGCAUCUCAGUCAGCUUAUGCAGCAGCGGUGUAUUUAAAAUCGACCAGCAAAGAUGGUAGCAUCGCCGUCAACCUUGUCACCGCUAAAACGAAGGUAGCGCCAGUGGAGAAGAAGAUAUCAAUCCCACGCCUGGAACUGUGUGCAGCGCUACUAGCUGCAAAAUUAGUAAACGAAGUGUCCCAAGUCAUGAACAUUCCUAAGAGUAAAAUAUACGCGUGGUCUGAUAGCACGAUAGUUUUGGCAUGGAUAGCAGGAGAGCCAAGUCGAUGGACGACUUUCGUGAGCAACAGAACAUCUGAGAUCCUUACCAUGCUGGAACCAGAGCAGUGGAGACACGUAGCUACAGAUCAAAAUCCAGCUGAUAGCGCAUCUAGAGGACUGAAAGUAAUAGAGUUAAUAGGUAACAAAUUGUGGUGGCAUGGUCCAAAUUGGUUACAUCAAGAAACUUAUGAACAGAACACAAGCAAUAAUUUUGAGACUACAGAAGAGGCAAAACCAAUUAAAGCACUAACUACUACUACUAAAGAUCAUGAAGAAUUUAUUUGGACGAGAUUUUCAACAUUAACUAAAAUGCUAAAGGUGUUGUCUUAUUGCAAAAAGUUUUUAUACUUGAGACUACCAAAGGAACAACGAAAUAUUUCAUUCAAAAUUGUGAGUCGAGAGGAAACAGAGGCUAUAUUAAAAUAUUGUAUAAAAGAGACACAGAAGAUGUAUUUCGAAGAUGACAUUAAUCGUUUAAGAGCGGGGCAAAGUGUAUCACAGAAGAGUCAACUACUUACCUUUCACCCAGUUAUCGAUGAAACUGGACUUUUGAGAGUAGGAGGCAGAAUUCAAGAGGCUCAAGUUGAUUAUAAAAGACGUCAUCCAGUUAUUUUACCCAGUGGAAGUCACAUCACCAAAUUAAUAGUUGAAGACGCACAUAUCAAAAAACUUCGGAGGACUAUGGGAAGCUGGUGUUCGCUCAACAAAAAUGCAUCUGAAAAGAAUAAUCGGAGAUUCUACACUUACCUUUGA